UUUACAGAUCUUUUGAUACAAUACAAACAAAAUGAAAUGGGUAUUCAUAUCAACAGUCUUUUUCAUAACGAUAUUAUUACCUUCUUCGAUCUUCAGCGAUGAUUUGACCCUCAUAUCUUCUAAUGGAAAUCGCAAAAUUAUAUCUGUAGAAGCAGCUUGCAGUGAACAGGCUAUGAUGGGACAAAUCCAACUUCAAGAACCAUUCUACGGAUCCGUUUAUGUCCGAGGAUUUCCCCUCGAGUGCCAAGCGAGAGGAAAUGGAUCUAGAGAAGUCACCAUUAUCUUCAGUGUCAACAAAUGCGGUACCAAGAUCACCAAACUGCCCAACGGAAAAACUCAGUACGAAGCUGUCAUCUACUUGCAAUUUGACGACAAAAUGCAGAAACUCAACGAUGAAACUUACCUGCUGAGUUGUACCUCUCAAAAUGUUGUAGUAAUUAGUCCGAAAAUGUCAGGAAUGGGAUCUCAAUCCAGCAUUUCACCAAAAACUUCAACCCCAUCAAAGCCUGUUAAAGAAUAUGACUUCGAUGGGUGGUUGGACAUUUUGCAAGGCAAACUCCCGUCAUUGAUUCCUGUCACGAAACCAAUUUUUGUCGGAGAAAAUCUCACGGUUCUUAUUAAAAUCAAGCAUCCAGAUGGUUUCGAUGCAAAAGUCAUGAACUGCAUAGCAAGUGACGGAACGGACAUGAACAAGCAACUCCUCAUAGACUCCGAUGGGUGCGCAUUAGAUUCCACCGUGAUGCCGAAUCUGAGAGAGAAAAGAGGAACGAAACCAUUUGCGAAGAUUUUGUACUCGACACUCCAGGCCUUUAAAUUUCCUCGCAGAAGAAGUUUGCACGUUCGAUGCUCAAUUGCUUUUUGUAAUGACACUUGUCCGCAGGAUAACUGCGAUUCUCCAUGGGGCAGGAUGCAGCCCAUGAUGCAAGACCACUCUUUUAUCGGUAUACAAAAUCUGGAAGUGUCAGACUCUGUUGAAGUACUCGCUCGAAAGAAUGACUCUAAGACAUCAUCCUUCCAGGAGCACUUGACAGGCACUGGUAGCAGUAAAGAAGAACUCUUCUGUCUUAACUCUACUCGCAUCCUUAUCUUGAUCAGCAUUCUUUUGAGUGUCCUGCUCAUGUCACUGGUCAUCACCAUCUGCACGUGCGUUCGGGCCAAAGAGCUGAGAAGACGACUGCUGUCCCAGAGCUUUCCUUAUGGGAAGGUCUCAGGUUGCUCCUGACAAUGUCCGGCUACUCAGACUGCGGCUGACCUCAACUAUGACACUCUCAUAAAAACAUUCAGGCCGCCCCCUAGAUCGAAAAUUCCAAGAAAAAGUCCUGCAGGUUUAAGAGUGCAAGCGAAUCUGGCUGGAAACAGACGAGAUUCCUGAAUAGAUUUCAGUUGGAAGACAAUGCUGGAUUAUUUAUUGAAUUGUGUUCAUUAUCCUUAUUCUGUGAUGUAAUUUAUUUAUUUAUUAACGUAAUCCUCAUCUAUUUUAUAAUUUGCUGAACUGUAUUAGCUAUUAUUUUAUAACUUUAACUAUUUUUGUCAUAAUUUCAUUAAGUGUAUUCUAUAUUCUUCUCCAAUAUUCUGAGUUGUUUAGUGAAUUCAUUAAUCUUCUCAGAUGUCCUAAGCUUUUUAAACUUUAUUUACUGUCUACCAUCAAUUCACAAUUAACCUUCUUAUCACGGGUUGUGCAGAAUCUGAACCAUUAACAUUUAAGAUUUCUUAACCUAGGUAGAACUAAUCAAUCUCUUAGUUAAAUGCUGAUGUUUUUAUUCCUUCGGAACUUCUCAUGAGUCAUAUUGAACCUACUCAUGAGUGAUGUGUGAGUUUGAUAUUAAUGAAUAAGCAUUCUUAUAUCACUUAAAGAUGUGAAAAUAAUAUGUAAAGCACAGGCAAUCGUAAGAU